CUUGCCACAUCUUCAGCCCGGGACGGGAAGAGCCGCGCCGCCACAACACACAAGCAUGGGCAAGAGGAAGAGGGAGCGGGCUGAGGCGAAGAAAGCCGAGGAGGUCAACCCACUGCCCCCCGUGGUCCCUCCUCUGGUCAGGGAUUCAGAAGAGCCCGUGAAGAAGAAGAGGAAAUGGACGAACAAGCAACGUGUUUUGGUGUUUGCCUCGCGGGGGAUGAGCUUCAGGAACCGUCACUUAAUGGAGGACCUGAGAACACUGAUGCCACACAGCAAGUCAGAGUCCAAGAAGGAAAACAAAGACAACCUGAGAGUCAUUAACGAGAUUGCAGACAUGAAGAACUGUAACAAGUGCAUUUACUUUGAGAACCGCAAGAAGAAGGACUUGUACAUGUGGGUUGCCAAUGUGAAGGGCGGCCCGUCUAUAAAAUUCCAUGUACUCAAUGCACACACAAUGAAGGAACUGAAGAUGACUGGUAACUGCUUGAAGGCUUCCCGGCCACUGCUCAGCUUUGACACAGCCUUUGACAGUCACCCGCACUGGGCCCUCAUGAAGGAGCUCCUAGUUCAGACCUUCAGCACACCCAACCAGCUCCCCAAGAGUCAGCCUUUCCAUGACCAUGUAUUCUGCUUCUCCAUCCUGGACAACAAGAUCUGGUUCAGGAACUACGAGGUGCUGGAUACUGACGGCAAGCUUUCUGAGAUUGGUCCUCGCUUUGUGCUGAACCCCAUCAAGGUUUUCGAUGGCAGCUUUGGCGGAGAGACACUGUGGGACAACCCUCAAUUUGUCACCCCGAAUACAAUUCGCAGUUUGAAGAAGAAGCAGGAGUCAUUCAAAUACACAGACAAGGUGCGGCAGAAGGAAGAAUUCAAGAAGAGGAAGCCCAAGGAACCCUUCCGUGGCGACCCAACCAAUGAUAUCUUCCAGACCAAGGCCCCCGAGGAAGCCGUCAAUGAAGAGAAGCAGAUAUUUAUUCGUAAGAAGGUUUAAGUGUAGACUUGGAUAUAUUAGGGAUAUUAAAAGUUGAAAUAUAUCUUAA